AUGGUCAAUCUUGUCGCUUUUGCACUCACGUGUUUUUCUUGUAUCUUGGUUUUCUGUGACCUGGGCUAUGCCUUUCCCAAUGGCAAACACAAACAGACUCCUCUUGGUGUCCCUUAUCAAGGCUCCCCCGUGACUCUUUCGAGACGUAUCUAUCACAGCUCCUCAAUCCCCUUCAAAAAGAAUGACGGCUGGUUGGGGAUGAACCUUGAUUACAAGUAUGUGGAGCCUAUUGCCAACAAGUUGAAUAGCACCGAACAGCCAUUGUUCAAUAGAGGCGAAUCCCACAUCACUGUGGUCACACCGCCGGAGUUCAAUCUCCUAGCCAACGCUGGUGUAACCUUGGACGAGAUCAACAACAUUGCCCGGCAACACAAAAUUCAAGCUAGCCGCUUCCGUGUCGUAUGUCUUGGUCGUGAAGAUGUUAAAGUCGACAAUGAGCAAUACAUCGUUUAUCAACUUAUUGUCGAUUCACGCGACCUGCUCAACAUUCGACGAGCCAUCUUCCGGUUGUAUGCAUCAAAAGGUGGUAACACGGCACUCUUCAAUCCCGAUAACUAUAACCCACACAUCACUGUUGCAUUCUCGGUGAAUGAUUUGUUUGAGGCGAAUGGUGUUUCGAAAGGCUACAAUGUUUGCUAUAGCCCCAUCCAUUUUGUUCAUUAA